AUGAGCCGGAAUUCAAACGAUGACGCUGAGGAAAAAUCCGAGAAAACCAUCUCAUCGGAUCGCCCGUUCCUCCUUGAAAUCUUUCCUGAAAAACUUGAAGUUCCACCGGAAGGCUUGUUAGAAGUAACCAUCAAGAAUCCAACUGCACACGAGCAAAACCUCACCUGCCGCUUCGAUUCCUUCUACUUUUUGGUUGACUUCAAGAAUGCGAAUUGGUCCCAGGAACAGGAAGGUGACACCCCGUCGGCUGCACUUGCUUAUCACACGCUGAAACCUGGUGAGACGUACACGUUGACUAUUGGAUACGAUAAUGGAAAUUAUCCGAAGUGGCCGUUGCCAUGUCCCACUUGUAAUAAUGAGAGAAGGAUUGUUCAAAAAAAAGAUGAUACGAAGAAACAGCGGCUGGACCCAAAAGAUAACAUAUAUUAUAACUUGAAACGACCGGAAGGUGUGCUGAAAAUCACGUACGAUAAUAAAAAAACUUAUAAUGACUAUAUUUCAAAGAAGAUGGAUAUAUACUUGAGUGAGGAGACUGAAAAAUAUCGGAUGUUAAAGGAGGUGUACCUGAAGAUCCGCCUCGAUCAAAAACGACGCAAACGCUGGGGCGAGACCCUCCAGACUCGUGGAUGUAUAACUUAUCGAAGUUUCAAACUGGAUGAUGGUAAGAGCGAAUAUGACCUGAGGGAAUUUUUUGGCGGCUAUAACGAAGAAAGUCGUUUCAAAUCCGACUACAUUUCUCCUGAGGUUUUUUGGGAGAAAGUUCUUGCUAAUCGGUGUACUCCGAAGAACUUGGAGGAGUUUGACUCACUGUCGAAUGAGGAGAUAAUGAAGAUAACGAGGGAUAGACGAGCGCAAUACAUAUUGGGGCAGUUCAUCCUAAACGAGAAUGACUUGCAAAAAGAGGUUGAAGAGUGUUGGGGAGAUCAAUGUCUGUGUGAAAUGCCCAGACUGCUAACGAGAAAAGAAUUUGAAAAAUCUAUGGAACCUUAUGUGCCACCGGAGAAGAAAUCUGUUCAGAAGGUUGUUGAAGUGGAGAAACCGAAGACUAUUAAGGAGCCAAAAGAGAAAUCCAAAAAAUCGCUCAAAAAACUUCCGCAAUCCGAAAAAUCCGCACCAUCCAGCAAGUUUGAUAACGUUGAGUCGGUUCACAAGUCAUCGGAGAAAUUGAAACAGGAAGAAGCAAAAAUUGAAGAAGAGAAAAAGACGCCAACGACACCCCAGGUAGCGCCAAUUCCAAAGGAGAAGAAACCGGUGGUUCGAGAAAGGAAAAAUAAGAAGAAGAAGAAAGGGAAUCCGUGUUGCUCGGUGUCUUGA